UCUCUCUCCAACCCUUGAUCCUUCACGUGCUCCGCCGCGCCGCGGCUCGUCGCCGCCGCCAUUGCUUCCUCCACCGCGUGCUCCGCUCCUCCCCCGCCCCGCCGGCUCCCCUUCAUACGAGGAGUGCUGGUGGCAUGGCUAAGAUGCAGUCAAGUUCCAAGGAGCAAGAGGUUCAUAAAGUGGCAGGCAAAUCCCGUGAGCAAAGCCCCCUGAAACAAGGCUCUGUUGAUAAUGAAGACUCUGGUGGUACUACCCCCUCUGCUGGUGAAAACAGGUAUCCUGGUUGGCCUGGAACCAGUGUCUUCAGGAUGCUGAUUCCUUCACAUAAAGUCGGUGCGAUAAUUGGCAACAAAGGUGAAAGGGUUAGAAGACUGUGUGAGGAAACAAAAGCCUGUGUCCGAAUUAUAGGUGGCCAUCUUUGUGCGGCAGAGCAAGCUGUAAUCAUUUUUAGAAAGGAGCAGCCUGAUGAGCCAUUACCUCCGGCCAUGGAUGCACUACUAAGAGUAUAUCAACAAACAAUUAAAGAUGAUAAUUUAGAUUUGGGAUCCAAUAGUACAAUUGUGACACGGAUUCUUACACCAAGUGAACAGGCAACAAGCCUUAUUGGUGAACAGGGUGCGAUGAUAAGUUCAAUCAUGCAAGCUUCUCAAACUAAUAUCCGUGUCCUUGAUGGUGACCUGCCGCCUGUUGCACUGGAAGAAGAUAAGGUUAUUGAAAUAUGGGGACUGCCCGCAGGAGUGCAUAAGGCGUUGGAACUUGUUGCUUCUCAUCUGAGGAAGUAUCUGGUUGAUCGGAGUGUCAUCCCAUUGUUUGACCAUCAUGUCCCUAUGCCAAUAUCGCACACGGACAUGCCUCCAUGCCACUACAUUGACUAUCCUGAUGGCCCUGUGCGUGCAGUUAGUCCAGGCUAUCACUCUGUAUGUGCUGAAGAUUUUCAUUGUGAACCAUGGAGUGACAUUUCCUAUUCGAGGGUCAGGCAUCCUAUUGAAAGUCUUCUACAUGCUGAUGCAUUUGAACACAGAUGGGAGACAUCUACAUCAUUCAGGCGAUAUCGAUCGGUUACACCACCAAACUAUGCUAGAAGUGCAUAUUGGCCAGAAGCAUCUUCACCAAUGGAGGCAUAUCAUUCAGCUCCUAUGGAAUUACAUUCACACUGCAACCUCAUACAUGGAUGGCAUGCAACUCCAAUUAGUCCAACAGCUUUUGUUGAAAGAGUUCGCUCCCUUAUAUCUGUGUAUGGACAACAAGCACAUCCACAGAGACAGACAUAUCAAUCAGAUGAAAUGUGUAAACAUCCACGCUUUGGAAAAUCUUUACAUGUAAGUGAAGCUCAUCCAACCAGGGUGUCUCCAUCAGAUGCUACUGAACUACCUCCAAAUUCUGGUAUUUCUGCAUGCGGACAAGAAGCAUUUCCACCCUUCAGGAUGCGUCCACCAACUACCGUGGAAAAUCUUCUACACUGUCGUGUAUCUGCAUGUGGGCCAGAAGCGCCACAGCAUCAGACUCCGCCUGCAUCAACCAGUCGGUCUGCAGCAGUUGCUUCUCAGGUUAAAAAGAAGAUGCAAGUUCCAAUAUUCUAUGCUGAAGCUGUAAUUGGCCCAUCUGGUGAAAGAAUUGAAUAUAUUCGUCGUACCAGCAGGUCGAGCAUUUUGAUAAACAAUUCUGAGGAGAGCAUAAUGUCUAUUGAGAUCACUGGAAGUGCUGCAACUGAUGUUCUAACUGCAGAACAGCUGAUUAAGAACUUUAUGGCUGAAGCAGCUGCUGCCUCCCCUGGUCAUACUUUCGACUUCAUUCCACCAUAUUUGCCAGCAUCCAGAUCUCCCAUUGCUAAUAUUCUUACUACUGAGAAAAGCAGUGUCACUUUGCCAGAACAGCGCCUGCAAAUGAUAUACUGAAAGCUCCCCCAAAAGUUUUGUUUCUGCACAUACCAGCAAAGAUACUACCCAAACCUGAUACCGGCAACAUAGGGAAUACCGAUACAGUAAAUUCAGAAAGAUGUUUUGAAAUUUAUCAUGAGAUGAUUCUACCAUUACAAUUUUGACGCUGAUAAUUUCAUCUAGAUUCUUUUGUAGACCGUUUUGUAGCCUUGAUCCAUUCCAUGGUUUAAAAACUGGACUGAGGUGUUGGUGAGAAAACAGAAGCUAGAGCCUGCGCUUAUGGUCCAUGGAAGCGAAGUUUUGGUUGA